ACACACAUACGCAAACGCGUAACCAACUGUCAAAUUGUUUUCCAUUGAUUUGUGUGUGUGUACACAUCGAUAGAGUUGUCUUUCUAAAUGCUGUGACAGUCGAUAAAGAAAUUUAAUUAUACUUUUUGUUUUAAUAGAUUUUUGUUUCGAAAAACAGGAACAUUUUGUUUGUUUAGUUUCAUUUUGGUUCAAUUGGUUUCUCUUCCAUUUCUGUUGAUUCAAUUUGUUCGGCACGAAAUGACAUGACAAUGCGAUGUAUUCCAUUGUUGACUGAUAUUUUGAAACGCGCAAAUUAAAAUCACGCUAAAAAAAACAAUAUUUUGAACACUCAUAAAUGUGCAUUUGACAUUCGCUUUGGUUCGAUAAUUGAAGUAGACAAAUAAACUAGAUAUCAAUUAUUGUUAUUUGCAAAAGGAAUUUGUAUGCUGAAUUGUAGGUGGGAUUCGGUCUGUGUGUCUAGUAAAUUGUCCAUUUUAUCUACACAACUCAACAAAGAAGCGAAAACAUUCAUUUGGGAUAGAACAUUUAUCGCAAGCAACAACAACAACAACAACAACAACAAAAACAACAACAGCAGCAGCACCGACAAAACGAACAAGCAACCAACCUCAAGCGAUAUUUUAAUAGCUAGUGCAUAUAAUAAAAAAAAUAUAUAGCUAAUCGGCAUUGUGUGCAUGUAAAAAUGGCUGAAAAUGAUUUGUUAAGACAUAACAGUAAUACACCCAGUGAUGAUUCCGAUCAUGAUACAAAUUCAAAUAAUUCCGUUCCCGAAUUGAAAGGAUACCUCAGCAAAUGGACCAACUAUAUUCACGGAUGGCAGCCACGUUUCAUUGUUCUGAAAGAUGGCACAUUGUCCUAUUAUAAAAGUGAGUUCGAAAGUGACUAUGGAUGCCGAGGAGUUAUCAGCCUGGAUAAAGCCACUAUCAAAAGCCAUGAGUUCGAUGAAUGCCGCUUCGAUGUGUCUGUAAAUAAUUGUGUGUGGUAUCUACGCGCCGAAACUCUCGAAGACAAAACGCACUGGGUUGAUGUGUUGCAAUCGUAUAAAGUGCCGGUGGGCAUUGAUAUGACUGCAUUGAUGCGUCAUGGCAGUACGAUUUCGUUACAAUCAAAUUCCAUAAUAUUCAAUCAAAACUCAGGUAAUAGCGGUCUAAAGGAGAAAAUCAACGAAAUUGAAACAUUUAGAGACAUUUUAUCAGGGCAAAUCAAUACAUUGCAACGUUAUUACGAUGUUUGUGCUAGCAAAAGAAAGCCUAAUAGUUCCGAUUUGCCGAGUGACUUGAAUUCGAUCGAUUUAAAAGGCGAAUCGCUCACAUUUCGGGCAACCUCUCAAACCAUUUUGGCAACAUUAAAUCAAUGUUUGGACAUAAUAAACCAAAGAGAAGAAUAUUUAAAGAAGAAAAUGGAGACGGAAAUUGAACGACGACGACAAUCCGAAGAAUUAUGCAAAAAACUUAAAGAUGAAUUGAGUAAAACAAAGAGUCCCGCAUUUUUCGGUCCUGAUUCAGAAGAAGGGCCACAUUCAACGCUUCCAGAAGAUGAAUUUUUCGAUGCAGUCGAAACUGGCCUGGACAAAAUCGAAGAAGACAGACAAUUACGAGUGCGUCUUAAGUUGCAAUCCCAACAGUCGCAAAGCAGUACGACUAGCUCAAUAUUGAUACCGGAUCAAAAUGAUGACCAAGCAACAGAAAAAGAAGAUGACGAAUUUGGUACGGGGAAUGCGGCUAAAGUGCAUCGUCUGUGGCCUCAAAUCGAUGAUAUAUGUAAAGAACAGUUGCGAUAUGCUAGACAAGGGGUCGGUGAAGGUGGGAAUGGUUGGCAAUUAUUUGCGGAUGAAGGAGAAAUGAAAAUGUAUCGGCGCGAACAAGAGAUUGAUGGUAUGGUUGUUGAUCCACUGAAAGCGUGUCAUAUCGUUAAGGGUGUGAGUGCUCGUGAAAUGUGUCAUUACUUCUUCAUGCCAGAAUAUCGCAACGACUGGGAAACAACAUUGGAUGAUAUGGCUAUACUUGAAAAAAUCUCCCCCGACACAAUAGUCUUUUUGCAAACACAUAAACGAAUUUGGCCAGCUAGUCAACGUGAUGCACUGUUUUGGUCACAUAUGCGGAAGGUAACAGAUCAUGAAGAUAAAACGGCCCAUGACGAAUGGUUGGUGUGCAAUCAUUCAAUCGACUUGGACUCAUAUCCAGCCAAUACGGGCAAAUGUGUUCGAAUUUUCUUAACAGUCAUUAUGUAUUGUCAAACUUACAUCGAUCCAGCGGUCAUUGCCAAGGGUGUCAAACCAACGCGCAACGACCUCACAUGCAAAAUCACCUAUUGCUCCGAAGUAAAUCCCGGUGGAUGGGCACCAGCUUCAGUGCUACGAGCUGUGUACAAACGAGAAUACCCAAAGUUUUUGAAACGUUUUACUGACUAUGUCGUUGAACAAUGUAAAAAUAAACCAAUUCUACACUGAACCGAAACCCAUGCGAUCUUCAAUGACAAACGAUUCAAAAGAAGAAAAAAAAUUUACAGAAUAUUCGGUCAGAGAAAAGCGAUGGGUGUAAUUUGUCAAGAAGCAGCACAAUCCCAAUUUAACGGACUCUAUUUUUCUUUGACAAUUACGCAUUAACGUUGAAAACAUCAUAAAACACACAGAGAGACACAAAUCUACAUUCACCGGAUACAUUUUACUUUACAUUAGUUAAAUAAGAAAAUUCUAGUUUCAUAAGUAUUAUAAUCGAUGAAAAUUCUCUGCGUAGAAGAAAGAAGAAAUGGAAGAUGAAAAAAAAAAAAUUAAAACGAAUGAAAUCAAUAUAUACUCGCAAAGACGAGUCGUCAAAACGGUCUCUUUCCUACUUUGUUAGAUUUGUAAGCAGAAUGAACCUAUUUGAAUUGUGUAUUUUAUUUCUCAUUAAAGCGAUCGGUUGAUUGAAAAAAUGCAAA